GCUUGCUGAUCGCGUCGCCGCGUACAAAAUCGCUUAUACUAACUAGCAGGCAAACAACAACUUACUCGAUAUUUCGAUCAACAUAACCUAGUCCUGCCCACCUAAACUUCGCCGCUUUUCUUUUCUGACUUGCCACUCUACGAUUUCAGUGUGUUAUUUUUCUUUCGUCAUCUCCAGAGUUGAGGAGCGCCUGGAAUAUGGAAACUACAACAGAACCACUUGAUGCACUAACAAGCCAUGACGAUUCCUUGUUUGACUAUGACGCCGGCCUUGAUGCGGCAUGGCAACAGCCUCAAACGAACAUCACUGUAAGGUCUAAUAACGAGGACCCAACGCCUAUUCUAGGGGUGGACGAUAAGGUCCAGGUUAGCAAGCACCGGCGAUUUGUUGCGAAACUAGAUGAGAGCAGAUUGCUCUCGCAAUCCGGGAUACCAAAGCUACGCCUCACGUCCAGGCAGAGGCUGAGACUGAAGGGCAAAGGGCACGAGGUCUAUGACCACCAACAUCGGGAUCACUUCUCUCCGACUGCUAAUUUCAUGGAACAGUUUUCUGACGUCGCCCGGCUUUUGAACUUCUACCAAUUAUGGCUUGACGAUUUAUAUCCUCGUGCCAAAUUCGCUGAUGGUCUGGCCAUGAUCGAAAAACUUGGACACUCUAAGCGCUUGCAGACGAUGAGAAGGGAGUGGAUUGAUGAAGAGAAGCCGAAAGCGCUGACGGCUGAUAUAAAUCAGCAAGUCCUCGAUGAUCUUGGUGCAGACAUGGACCCUGCGACUACGGUAGAGACAUCCGAUACAGCAUUAGGCGGAACGAUUUCUGGCUCUAGACGCGGGGACAUAAUGUUCGACCUGGCACAACUACAUGCGCCAACUCCAGAGUCAAACAAACAGAUACCAGAAAGUUGCGUAGCGGAUGAUACCCCUGAAGAUGACGAGUUGGAUGUCCUUCUACGAGAAUUUGAAGAUGGAAACCAUGGCGCCUAGGUCUCUGUUCUGCCUGCUUAUUGGCACCCGAAGUCGGACUUUUAGAUAUCACCGAGAUUCGAGACGCACAGGCGUUUAUCUUAACCAAGAACUUGUGUAUAAUACGGAUGACGAUGCUCUUGAGCACAAAUCCCAAAUGAGAAAAGGAGGAGUCGAUUUACAUACCGUGCGUAGAGAUC